UAAAAGUAACUGAAAUGAAGAAUUUCAUAAGUUCCUCACCUCACCUCACUCAUCUCUUGCAAUCGGAUAUCGGCUAUGAUUUGAAAUCAACAUUUCUCGUUGGAAUUCAUCUUUUGAAGAGCAAGCAGGUUCCCCUUAAGGAUGGGGAGAAAUCGCAGGAUUGGUUCCAUGAUCGGCUCACUAGUUGUACUCAUAUCCCUGGCCUCGGAAUCACUUGCCUACAGACCCGGUGAUAUCGUACCCAUGAGCCGCAUGGGGCAAUACCAUUCGUCGAGGACUGUUUGGCAUGAUAUGAUUGGAAAGCAUUGCCCGAUGUUCGCUGUUAACCGGGAAGCAUUGAUUCCAAUCCCUAAACCGACUGGUUACACUGGUGCUGACCCUUAUAAAAUAUCCUUCCAAGUUGGGAAAGAGAAAUUUUAUGUUCCAUGGUUACUUGUGAUUAACCGAAAGAGUACUGAAGUCCCAAUGAUUGAUAUGCAUUUGAGGUACUCAGGAGGAGAUUUUCUUGGCGUCUCUACUAAAGUAAUGGACAUGCCUCAUACCUAUGUUGAAUCCCAUCCUGACAUACGUAAACAAUUUUGGGACCCACAACACUGGCCAAAACACGUGCUUGUCAGAUAUACAUGGACAGAACAGUCAGAGAUAGAUGUUGCUUCUGGAUUUUAUGUUCUCUUUGGGUCAGGGCUAACUCUAACGUUUAUUCUCUCAAUCUAUAUUUUGCAAUCUUCUCGAGAUAAAUUAGCAAGAUUUGUGAAAGAGGCUGUUGUUGACAGCAGCGUGUCUAGCGGAGGCAUGGCAAAAGUCGAGUGACGGGAUUUCGUAAGUUUUGUGUCACUUGAUUCACCAAACAAGGCUAUGAGGAGUCACGCCUUUAAAGGUUUCUUCUUGAGUUUGGUUGUCAUAUUAAACUGUGUUAAAGAGUUUUUGAGUAAAGGAUUUGUUGAACUACUCCCCCAGUUGGAUUAAAAGAAAUAGGCACAGUUGUCAUUUUUGUGUAACUCUGAACUGCUUAGAACUGGAGUCAUGAGCUCCUCCUGGCUCUUAUUCUGGAGAAUGAUGAUUCAGGAACUGUGUGAAAAUGUGUCUAUCUAAUACAGGAAAUUAAUAAUACCCAAUUUUGUACAGGAUACUUAAUUAUAUGCUUCCACCUAUGGAUUCUAAUAAGAGCUAGUUUGGGAGCU